AGUACGUUCCACGAGCCUUCCGCAGAAGGACCACUAAAACCCCAAUCCCACCCAAAGUCUUCUUCCUCUUCGGCAUUGAAGUCUUCCAUUUUGAAAUUUCUAACACCAAAAUUUCCAUUUCUCUAUUUCCUUCUCCAUACCGAAAACCCUAAUUCAGUUAUCCAAAUUCAAACCACAAAAUGGCUGAUCCACUCCUUACUGAACCUCCACCUCCGAACCCUAAUUUUUCCGAUGACUUCAAUUCCCUCCCAAUUCCACCUCUCGAUCCCAUGUUCUUCUCCGCACAGAAUCACACCUCCUCCUCCUCCGACGAUCUCGACUUCGUUCUUGAGGAUAACUGCGAUUUCGAUAUCUCCUUUGACGAUCUCGACAACCUCUACUUCCCUUCCGAGUCCGACAACUUUUUCCUCCCCGACGGUCAUUUCGGUCGUUCCACAUCCGAUGUUGACCGAGUCACGUGUUUGAAAAAUGCUGAUACUAGCCCGGACGAGGUUAAACUCUCGGUUACGGCCUCGCCCGAGUCGGGAAGUUCUGCAAUUUCGGGUAGUCGCCAGUUGUUAGAUGUUGAAAUGUACCUGAAUUACUCGACAUCGCCGCAAAAUUCGGGUAAUCAGAGCUCGAAUUCGGAUUCUAAAUGCUGCGAGCCCUUGUCUUCUCAGGGAUCCGGGAAUUUCGGGUCGGGAGUUUCAUCCGGGAAUUCUCUGUCUCCGGAUUCGGGUAAUUUGGUGGUUGAGCAGAAAAUUAAGGUGGAGGAAGUGAACAAGAGUAUCUCGAAGAGGAAAAAAAAUAUUGAAGAGACGAAUAGCGAGUUAAGAAGCAGUAAAUAUCAUAGAUCGUCGUUGGCUGAUGAGAACUCGAAUGAGAAUAUGAAUGAGGAGGAUAUGAAAAGGAAGGCUAGGCUGAUGCGAAACAGAGAGAGCGCCCAGUUGUCUAGACAAAGAAAGAAGCAUUACGUGGAGGAGCUAGAAGACAAGGUGAGGGCUAUGCAUUCCACAAUUGCCGAAUUGAAUGGUAAAAUAUCAUUUUUUAUGGCUGAGAAUGCCAGUUUGAGGCAACAGUUGAGUAGCGGCAGCGCAAUGCCACCACCACCGCAGGGACACCCCCAUAUGGGAGUAUACCCGCCACCUCACAUGGCGGCGAUGCCUUACGCGUGGAUGCCUUGUGGUACACCUUAUAUGGUGAAGCCUCAAGGUUCUCAGACCCCAUUAGUGCCUAUUCCUAGGUUGAAGACUAAUCAGACUUCAUCUCCUGCUAAGGCUAAGAAGAAUGAUAGUUGUAAAACUAGUAGUAAAACUAAGAAGGUUGCUAGUGUUAGUUUUCUGGGCCUGUUGUUUUUUGUAUUGUUGUUUGGUGGAUUGGUGCCUCUUGUGGAUGUUAAAUAUGGAGGUAUGAGGGAUGGUGCUUCUGGUGGUUACUUUAGUAGUAGAUUCUAUGAUCAACACAGAGGGAGAGUUUUAACGGUUAAUGGGCAUUUGAAUGGAUCUCAUGAGGAUAGAAGGAUUGGAUUUUCCAAUGGGAAAUUUGAUAUUGGUAAUAGAGUACAUUGUGAGAGAGGUGUUGAAAAGAAAGAGAGAGGGUCACAGGCUUCACCUGGUUCAGAUGAGUUUGUUAAUCUGGGCAAUGCGAGUGAGCCACUUGUUGCCUCUUUGUAUGUGCCGAGGAAUGAUAAGCUUGUGAAGAUUGAUGGCAACUUGAUAAUUCACUCUGUUCUGGCUAGUGAGAAAACUAAGGCUUCUCAAGAGGCUUCUCGUGAGUCUUCUAAAGUGGAUAACAGGAGGGAGACUGGUCUGGCUCUCGCCAAAGCAUUGGCUAUUCCUGACAGAGGGAGUGGUGGGAGGCACUCAAAUGUAUACAGGAAUCCUGCUGAGCGACAGAAGGCUAUCUCUUCUGGUUCUGCUGAUGCCUUGAAGGACCACAUGAAAUCAACUGCAGCUGAUCGUAGACUGCAGCAGUGGUUCCAAGAAGGUCUUGCAGGGCCAUUGCUGAGUUCUGGAAUGUGUACUGAAGUGUUCCAGUUUGAUGUGUCACCGGCUUCUGCUUCUGGAGCCAUUAUUCCUGCAUCAUCAGUUGCUAAUAUUUCUGUGGAAGACCGUCAGAAUGCUACUCAUGUUAACAAGGGGAAGAAUAGAAGGAUUCUCCACGGUCUUCCAGUUCCUUUUACUGGCUCCGAUCUAAAUAUUAGCAGGGAACAUGUGGAAAGAAAGUCUCAGGACAGAUUUCAAGGUAAUAAAUCUGCUUCUUCCAUGAUUGUCUCCGUGCUUGUCGAUCCCAGAGAGGCUGGUGAUGGUGAUGUUGAUAGCACAAUCAAUCCAAAGUCACUUUCUCGGAUUUUUGUUGUUGUGCUUAUGGACAGUGUCAAGUAUGUCACUUACUCGUGUGUUCUUCCACGGUUUGGUACUCAUCUAGUGACCACUUAAUACUGGAAGUGGCUGGAAGUAGGGAUUGCCAACCAUAUCGACCACCAGCUGACAGUUUUGUAUAUAAAAGAACAAUUAGCAGCUUCUUUUACGUUAUUAACCUUUUUAUGCACCGAGUUUCCUAUACUAGCUUACUGUUACUGUUCUAAUCAAAGUAAAUCUUCUAUGAGAUCUGGUCAUAAACCUUGUCUCCAUCCAGCUUAAUGUUUAGUAAUUUAAUCUAGGUUCUAGGUCCUAAAGGAUGUUACUUUUGAUGGGCAGCAUAUGAGGGCUAACAUGCCAAUGCUUAUUAAAAUCUGUAUGGAUUAUGGGACAAUGUUUUUAAAUGUUCUACUUAAUAUACAGAUUUUGCCAAUUCUAAUGUU